CAUGAAAAAUAAAUACAGUAAACAAUUGAUGACUGCUAUAAAAUAAUACUGAACCUGACGAAAAGGAAAAAAGUGCCCGCAAGGAACAUCCCAGUUUAGGAUCUUCCACGUUUACACAUCCGAACUCCUCCUACAAGAGCCCACAACUCACUGUCGAGCCCUCACAAGCCUCACUCACAGCCUACACUUCCCUUAAAAUGCUACAGAGGAUUGUUUUGAGUUUAUUGCUGGCGACGUGGUUCUAUGUGGACUGUAAUCCAGGGCCGAUCGAUGAUAUUGCAGUUGAUCGAUAUUUCAUUCCCGAGCCGUGCGUCAGAGAAGUGAAAUCCGGAGAUUUCGUGCGGUAUCACUAUAACGGCACUUUUACUGAUGGAAAACGGUUCGACUCUAGCUUUGAUAAGGGGGCUGCAUUCUUUGGACAGGUGGGCCAUAAGUGGCAGAUUGCUGGUGUGGACAAGGGCAUUCUGGGUAUGUGUGUGAAUGAGCGCCGGAGGAUCACUGUACCCCCCCACCUGACCUACAGUAGCCAAGCAGCAGGUGGUACAGUGCCGCCGGACACAACAUUAGUGUUUGAUCUGGUUCUACUAGACAUCUUUAACAGGGCAGACCAGGUUCAGACCAAAGUCAUCAGUACACCUAAAGACUGCAAGCGCUCAGUCAUGAGGACUGACUUUGUGCGUUUUCACUUUAAUGCGUCAUUGCUGGAUGGCACUGUGUUUGACUCCAGCUACAAGCGUUCCCAGACGCAGGAUUCAGUGGUUGGAGAAGGUUUGCUCAUAAAAGGCUUGGAUGAAGGGUUACUGGGCAUGUGUGUGGGAGAAAUACGACACUUCAUCAUCCCCCCAUUUCUGGCAUUUGGAGAAAAAGGAUAUGGCACAGAUGUCCCUCCUCACGCAUCAGUAGUGUAUCACAUUCUCCUGGAAGACCUCCACAACCCUAAAGAUGACAUCAUUGUGGAGUUCAAGAAGGCGCCUGAACCAUGUGCACGCAAAUCUGUUGCAGGCGACUACAUCCGCUACCACUACAAUGCCUCCUUCCUCAACGGCAUCACGUUUGACUCCAGUUAUCAGCACAACAAGACGUACAACACGUACAUUGGACUGGGCUACAUGAUCGCAGGCAUAGAUAAAGGCUUGCAGGGUGUGUGUACAGGAGAGAGGAGAAGAAUCAUCUUGCCGCCUCACCUUGCGUAUGGCCAGCAGGGGGCAGGUAAGGACAUCCCAGGUUCGGCCGUGUUGGUCUUUGACAUCCAUGUCAUAGACUUCCACAAUGUCAAAGAUCCUGUGCAGGUGGAGAUCAUGAAUAAAUCUACAGGGUGUAAUGAAACCAGUGAGGUGAAUGACUUCAUUCAGUACCACUACAACUGCUCACUGCUGGACGGCACAUUGCUCUUUACAUCGAGCGACUAUGAGGCCCCACAGGAUGUCCUGCUUGGAGGGGGUAAAAUAAUUGAUGGCCUGGAUGAGGCCCUUAGGAACAUGUGUGUGGGAGAGAGACGGACAGUUCUAGUGCCGCCACACCUUGGACAUGGAGAGAAAGGAGCUGGUAUUGUGCCUGGGAGUGCAGUGCUACGGUUCGAACUGGAGCUGGUGUCUCUGCAGAAGGGAGUUCCUGAAGGAUACCUGUUCGUUUGGCUCGAAGAUAGUCCAGUUCAGCUCUUUGAGGCUCUUGACAUCAACCAGGACCAACAGGUCCCUUUAGAGGAGUUUUCACAGUUCAUCAAACAGCAGGUAUCAGAAGGGAAAGGUCGUCUGAAACCAGCUCAAGAUGCGGACAGUGUCAUCACUGACAUGUUCAAGAACCAGGACCGGAACGCUGAUGGUCUGAUCACUCUGGAUGAACUCAAACUAAAAUCAGAUGAAGAUGCAGAGAAAGCACGUCACGAAGAACUGUGAAACACACACAAACACAUGUGAAUGUACAUGCAUUCAGACAGAGAGCAAAGCAACAGACUCAUAAUCCUGAGGCUGAAAACCAGACCAACAAGCUUUCCAGUAUUAAAAGUGUACAUUUGAUUGUUACAUAUUUUUUUUAUACUUUUAGAUAUAAAAAAAAAUCAGAUCUCUAAAUCUCUUUGUGCCAUUGAAUAAAAGUUCCAAACUAAAGUGUUUGCAAACAUUUUGUUUUGAAA